CUCUCUCUCUCUCCGAAAAAAAAAACACAGCUUCCCCCGCCGCCGCCGCAAUUCUCUCGCCGGAAAAAUGGUUGAGCCAGCUAGUCCAGAUUCCGACGAAGGGAUCUCGCUGCUCGAGUUUCACGGUAACGGUGACCGUUCCUGGCAGUUAAAUUUCGAUGAUUUCCAGGUUUCACCGGAGCACAAGGAGAAGAAGACUCCGAGUAAACUACACAACUGUCUUGGUUGUUUGGGUCCGGAAGACAAUGUGGCAGAUUAUUACCAGCAGCAAGUAGAGAUGCUUGAGGGCUUCACUGAAAUGGAUGAACUUGCAGAACGUGGCUUUGUUCCUGGAAUGUCAAAGGAAGAGCAGGAUAAUUUGGCUAAAAGCGAGACAUUGGCGAUUAGAAUAUCAAACAUUGCAAACAUGGUUCUUUUUUCUGCUAAAGUCUAUGCUUCUGUCACUAGUGGCUCUUUAGCAAUCAUUGCCUCUACAUUGGACUCUCUUCUUGAUCUUCUUUCUGGCUUCAUCCUCUGGUUUACCGCCUUCUCCAUGCAGACACCCAACCCGUAUCAGUAUCCCAUUGGCAAGAAACGGAUGCAACCACUGGGAAUCCUAGUCUUUGCAUCAGUGAUGGCAACACUUGGAUUGCAGAUUAUCUUGGAAUCUCUUCGCACGAUGUUAUCCAGCCACAAGGAGUUCAGCCUAACAAAAGAGCAAGAAAGUUGGGUAGUUGGGAUCAUGCUUUCUGUUACAUUGGUCAAACUGCUUCUGGUUCUUUACUGCAGAUCCUUCACUAACGAGAUCGUUAAAGCUUAUGCUCAAGAUCACUUCUUCGACGUCAUCACAAACAUCAUCGGACUCAUUGCAGUAAUCCUGGCCAAUUACAUCGACGAUUGGAUUGAUCCAGUUGGAGCUAUCAUUCUUGCAUUAUACACGAUACGGACAUGGUCAAUGACGGUAUUGGAGAACGUGAACUCUCUUGUUGGGAAAUCAGCUAGACCAGAGUAUCUGCAGAAACUAACUUACCUGUGUUGGAACCACCAUAAAGCAAUUAGGCACAUUGAUACAGUGAGGGCUUACACAUUUGGCUCUCAUUAUUUUGUGGAGGUUGACAUUGUUCUCCCAGCUGACAUGCCUCUGCAAGCGGCUCACGACAUUGGAGAAUCGCUGCAAGAGAAGCUCGAGCUGCUAGAGGAGAUCGAACGGGCUUUUGUGCAUCUUGAUUAUGAGUACACUCACAAACCCGAGCACGCUAGAUCCCACCGUUAGCUGUUUCUCCUUUUCAAGUUCUCUACGUUUCUAAAUCGUUACAAAUUAAUCUUCACUGUAUUGUUGUUUAGUAGACAAUUGUGAGAUAAAGGAGUACCUUUGUAACUAUCUACUUUUGUUUUGCCUGUUUCAUUUAGCAACAAGAUUAUAACUUCUCUUCCAGUCUCAAUGAAUAAAGUAGACAUAUGUUA